AUGGCUUCCGCCAUUCCCCUCAUGAUUGCCAUCUACGACAACCCAGGCAUCAAGCAUUGGAGUCUAUUCAUCGAUGCAGAAGACAAGGCUUCUAAGACCAUCAUCCACCUCCUUGGUGCUCGUCAGCGUUAUUUCCGUGAGGUGAGAACGCCAUCGGACGCACGUAUUUCGAAUUCCCUAAUCAAACUCUGUACCCUGUGUGAAAUCGACGCGACCAAGAUCGAUACUGUCAAAAAUAUCGCAUGGAAUACCCCCAUCCGCAACGAGGAGUCCGACUACAGUUGCCAGGAUUUCGUCCUCGACGUUUUAGAGAGAUUGGAAGAUGAAGAUAUUGUUGACGCAAAUAACCUCGAAUACAAGAGCAACAAGGACGCCAUAAAAGCAAAACGCGAAUCAUGGCAGUAG